AAAGAGCAGUAAACAAAUAAAAGUGAGAACGAAAGAAAUGGCAAAUAUUCCCAUAAUCGCUCUUUUCUGCUUCACCAUUUUUGUUUCGUCCUCACUCAAUUUCGUCUAUGGGGCUGAAAAUAUGAGCUACGUCGUCGUAGGCCAUGUUUACUGUGACACUUGCCGUGUUGAGUUUGAGACCAAACUCAGCGAACCCAUCGCUGGAGCAGUAGUGAAACUGGAAUGCAGGAAUCGUACAGACAAUCACCUUACCUUCCAGAGCCAAGAAAUAGUGACUGACGAACGUGGAGACUAUCACAUUGUAGUGGAAGGCGAUUAUGAGGAAUCAGACUGCGACGUCGCCUUGGUGAGGAGUCCCAACCCGGAUUGCAAUGAUCCCUCCGAAAUGUGGAGGAUAUCCAGGGUGGUUCUCACCACACUUGACGGCGUCAGCGGUGAACUUCGGUUUGCCAACAAUCUUGGGUUUAAGAAGAAGGUUGCUCUUCCUCAGUGUACUCAAGUUCUUCAAGAGAUAGGCUAUUAUGAGCUUAGCCAAGAAGCUGGAGACAUUGCCCCUUGGUCAGAACUAUAAUAUGUAUUUUCACUUCAACUUUUUCUAAAAGCUCGGCAUUAGCCUAUAAUAAAAAUUGAAUCAUUAUUAUUCUA